GCCGCGUCGCCGUCGGCCAUGUCGCCUCCUUACCCGUCCCCAAUCCAGAUCACAAGCAAGAAGCGAACGUCGACGAUGGACGUGAACAUGCCGCCUGGAAAGCGCAGAAAGAGCUCCGUCGUCUCGCAGCCCCCGAUCCACCCCCUGCGGCAGACGUCGUUCCCGCCAGAGGCCGGCUCGGGCUCGCCGUACCCAAGGUCGCCGUCGGUCGAUGCGACGUCACAUGUCAGCGGCAGCGUGGUCAGCGCGACGGCGGGCAGAAAGAAGCGCGGCAGGAGGACGAAGAAUGCAAAGGGGGGAGAUGAUGCUACGGAGAAGACGCCCAGCCUUGUUGGGGGCAAGGCACCUACGACGGCGAGCGGGCCGGGCGGCGACAAGGAGCUGGAGGAUGAUGAGGAUGAUGACAAGGCGGAGAUGGCGCUGGAGGACGCGGUCGCGCGGACACAGGAGCAGAAGCAGGAGGAAAUAAGAUUGAGGGCUAUGCUCGUGGAAGCGUUUGAUCCGCUGCAGUAUGAUCGGUAUGAGUUUUGGCGGGCGGCGAAGUUGAGUGAUGCGGUUGUGAAGAGGGUUGUCAAUGCAACCGUCUCGCAGUCGGUGCCGCAGAUGGUGGCCACGGCCGUCAAGGCAGUGGCCAAGCUCUUUGCCGGAGAGAUCAUCGAGGGCGCACGAAACGUCCAGGCCGAGUGGGUUUUGUCCGGAGAGAAGCAGAGCGACCUGCCAACGCCACCGCCGUCAAGCGAGGAGGCAGCAGCAGCAGCAGCAGCGGCAGACAAGACUGAAGAAGAGGUCGACCUCAAGAGGGGUCCACUCCGACCGGACCAUUUGCGAGAGGCUUGGCGACGCUACAAAGUGUGUCACGAGAGUCGAGGAGUAGGGGUCCAGCAACUGUGGCACGCGCAGCAGGGGACUGGGGUGGAAAGAUUUUCAACGAGGACGCGGAAUAGGCUGUUUCGGUGAAAAAAAGGCGCUUGGUUUGACAUGCUAGCGUGGUAUUUUUUCUAUUUUUCUUAUUCUUUCUCUUUUAUUCGGCAUUAAGCGGGUGGAAGGGACCAAUUGCGGGAUGGCGUUUUGGAAUUUUCGGUUGCUUUUUUUCUUUUUCUUUUUCAUUAUGAAUUAUGGAGGCGAUCGUCCUGAACUAAAGAGAGACGGCUUGUUUUGUUUGUCACUGCAGGUCUAACCGCUACUACUACCAUUUCUCUACUGCUACUGCAAAAUGCUUACUUAUACUGCCAGAGAUAUGCCAAUUCCAUGGGGCACCUGACAUGGCCACCCAACUCGAAUUGAUCGUCCUCCCCGGAUCUCUCAGCAUCUGCAAAGACGAAUGAAACGGCCUGGAUAGACGAUGACGCGCAGCUUUCGUGCCUCGCUAGCCUGCAGCCGUUAUUGCCCGUUUGGUCGCAAGUGCGGCUCCGUAAUUGGGGCCACGACGGUGGAGCUGGCGGUGCCUUUUAGUGACAGAUUUUUUUUGCUCAGGUCCCAUUCGGUGUUUGUUGCUGCAGACGAUGGAGUAAGGAGAGAAAAAAAAAGAAUCUGCUGGUGUAGUGUCUCUGUAGCACGGUAACUGCUCUUCUGUUAGUGUUAGUGGCCUGGAAGCGCGCACGCGACUUUUUGUGCUGCUGACAAAAAUCCUUCUUGUCCCUCUUUCUGCUAACUCGCCCUGGGUUUUUU